UAAUGCUGAAUUGUACAUAGAUGACUGUUCUGCAGCAGAGACCACACACAGCUGAGGUGUCGUUCCUGUGUGAGCUCCUCUGGUCUCUCCUAUCACAUUCCCGGAAGCUUCUAUAGUAACAGUUACCAGGAAACCAGGAAGUGUUACUAUAAACCGAGGAGCGGAGCCGGUCAGACCGCGGCAGGACGGGAGGAGAGGGUCUGGGUACAGCGCCGGGCUCACCGCCAUACCAGAUGGACCCGUAUGUGACCUCACUGUGCAUGGACCACAAGUACUGCACCGCCCCCCUGAGCACACCGCCCUGCUACAGCAUAGUGCCACAUCAGGAGCCACUGUGCAGCUGUACCGCCACACAACACACCUGUGUAACCGCCCAUCAUGGCAUCCACCACCGAUGUUCACUGAGCGGUCACUAUCCCCAUUACACCAGUGUGAUGUGUAGGAAGAUGACGGUGUCCCCCACAUUUCCAUGUCUGACCCCGAUCAUCAGAAGAGAAACAGUUCUGGCCCGAAGAGACCCCGAUGGCUUUUAUUACGUCGGUGCUGUGAGACAAGAGGAAGAGCCCGGAGUGUUUCUGAUAGAAUUCGCUAAACCGUGCGUGCAGGCCGAGCGUUUCCCCGCCAUGUUACAGAAAACACACACACGCGACAUCAUCCAGCACGAGGAGGCGCUGAGACAUUGCAUCGUACCGGGGGACAACGUGUUAGCCCCCUGGGAACUGCAGCUGACGAGAUACGGGCCCGGGACGGUCAUUCUAGGCCUGGAGACCAGAGACCCCCUGAGAGCCACAGAGGACGAGGAGCUGACCAUCAGUUUUUGGAACGGCAAAAAGUCAAGCGUCCCGCUGCGGGUGGCCGUAUGGGUCUCACCGUCCGUUUACCACCGGAUUGUAGAUGCCCUCCACCGUCCGAUCAGCAGCCGACUGUACGGCCUGGAGACGGCACAGAGCGGCACCACGUAUAUCGUCACGGAAUGCUGUGCCACGGCGCCGAUCCCCGCGUGCCAUGACGAGCACGUCUACAAACAUGGCUGCGUCCGGCCGCACUUCGCCCACCAGCACUGCUCCUGCUGCUACUUCCCCACCCGCUCUAUAUGUACCUGCUGCCACAACGCCAAGUGCCACAACUGGUGGCCACUGUCCCCCAGGACCACCGUCUACAUCCAGCGCGACAAGGACGCGGGCGAGGACUUCCGCUCAUCCAUGAGGAUAAAGGAGGAGAGAGGCGGACAUAGUGGGCGUGGCUUCUCCUCGUCAUCGGAGACUGAAGGAGAGGAAUCCCUGGAUGAUGAGAGUGAUGAUGAUGAUGACGACACCUGCCUGUCCAAGACCACGCAGAGCACCAUGGUGGACAGCGCCGUCAACACCGACUCCUCUCUGUGGGAGAAGAUAAAGAUGGACACCAGGGACCGGCCAGACUGGAAAUACUGGAAGAGGGGUCAACCCGAGCCCUUCCACCGAAAACCAGGAAUAAUAAAAUCAGAGAAGAAAGCGUCAUUUCCAGAUCCAAAGGCUGCGCUGUCCGAUAUCUUCAGGUCGUCCAAUCAGAGCGCGUUAUUCGACACCAUCGCAGGUUCACCGUCCAGACGCCUAACGAUGAAAGACGUCCUGGUGCAUCAGGAUUACACCACUACCAGAAAGGAACAGUCACCUCCGGCUGUAGAACGUCUCGGGGAGUCGGAAUUUGCAAAACUAAAACUUAAGAAGGAAAUGGAGGAAAAACAACAGAAAAAGAAGAUGAAGAAUCUGGAAUGGGAGCGAAAGAGAGAAACAGAGGCCGGAGAGAAGUACAGAGAGAGCCAAGAGGCGCACAGGGUGAAGACCCUUCAGCGCCUACAGAACGAGGAGAAGAAGCUGAAGGAUGAAGAGGCCCGACAUGUGUCCAUUCUGAAGACCAAGAUGGCUGCACAGGAGGAGCGCGGUGAUCACCGCCAAACCAUAGCUACCGAGGACAAGAGGAAGGAAGAGCAGAGGAUGGGGCAUCUGAGGACGGUGCGGGAGAAGAUCCACCAGAGGGAAUACCAGAAAUGUGCCGAAACCGAGGAGAGAGAGAGGAAUCACAUGAAGGCGCAGAGGAGACGGGUCCAGGAUCAUUACAAACAAGUGGCUGAAAAGGUUUACCAAGCCGAACAACAAGGCGGGCGAAGCGGGAGCCAGCGAGCGCUGUCUAUGGAGGCCUAGGAGGCAAACGAGCAGAGUUUAUACAGCGGAGAGUCUACAUAGGGGAACCAGA